AUGUCGCAGCACCCAGGGUUUUGCAGCACCCAGGUCUCGGUGUCGGAGCUGCCGAAGGUCGAGGCCCUGGGCAUCGAGCUGCGUCAGACCUCGGGCUACGCGGCGCCGGUGAACGUGCAGACGGGCGAACUCGUCCGUGAGCCCUUUCGAAUCAAACACGAGCUGGGGCCCGAUGUUCAGAAGAACAUCCAAACCAUAGCAGGCACUCUUCAGAAGCUGAAGAAGCACUUCGGAUGGAACAAAGUCAUCGGCUGCUCUGUCACCAAGGCGGUGAUGGAAAGCCUCAUCGAGGGCUCCAAUGAAAGCUACUACACCCGAAGGGCCAAGGUGGAGACAAUUUUGCGACAGAGUCUGGCAAAACGCAGCCAGAUGGCCUUUUUCCACUCCGACAUCCAUACGGUUGGUGCAGGAUAUCAUGAACUUGUUUGGGGAGACAGCAGGAGCAAAGAUGUUUGGAGAAAGAAAACAGUCCUGGUGUGCACUCUGGGAAGGAACAUCGGAGCCAUCCUGUUUAUGGACGGCCGAAGGGUUCGAAACUCUCCUCUGAAUGAGCUGUACACCUCGAACCGAUCUGCUUCGCUGAAGAGCGAUGCCGGGGAGUACAAGUUCGUUCCGCCAACUCCAGGUUCCGAAGGUUUUGACGAAUGGGUCGAAACUUUAGAUGGCUAUUUGGCUGAAAUCACCAACUCCUUGCCUUCAGGCAUCGAUCGCAUGGUGCUAGUUCCCACUGGCCGCAUGGCCAGAACCAGCGUUGCCGAGGUGAUCUUAGCCUCAGACCAACUCGCAAAGACGCGGCAGCUCGUGGCGGACAGGGGUGCGGAUUUGGUGGUGGCCGAAACGGAGAGCGAAGCCAACAUCAUUCGAGGCACUGCUUUGGAUGCGAUCUUUGAACUGCAGGUGAACCAGGCCCAGCGUGCACUGGAUGGAGUUUUAAACGAUUCAAAGAUCUUGCAGCACUUGUCAACCGUGCAGCUGCAUGCGAUUUUCGACCAGAUGGAUGUGGAUGGGGAUGGAAGUCUGGAACCCCAGGAGAUCAACAGAGCGUUGACCCUGCUGGGUAUUGAUCGAGACCUUGAGAGGCUUCUUGAAGAGCUGGACACCACGCAGGAUGGGGUGGUGUCCUUUGACGAAUUUCUGGCUUGGUGGCGAAAGAACAUCAUGGAGGCGCGUUGCGUCGUGACAACCAGUGCCAAAGCAUGGCAGAGCAUCGUGACGAACGUGAACCCACCUAUGAACUUUGGCCCGUUGGUCUUGCUGAAGGUCACCUUCACCUUUUGCCGCAGCUGUCGGGCUUUUGAGCCCAAGUGGCGAAAGUAUUCGGAUCAGUACAAAGACAUUCGCUUUGUCGAGCUGGUUGGGAAUGGCACGGUGGGUGCCAUGGAAUUUUGCACCCAAGAACUUGGUGUCAAGGCGUCUCCAGCAUUCUUUGUGUUCCGCCGUGGUACAGAUGGAGGGCAGCUGGUCAUGUCGUGGACUGGCGCCAGUGUGGAGAAAUUUGAGACCAAUUUGGACACCUGCAUCCAACAAGAAGCUGAGCGGCAGGCGUGUGAUGC